GCUAGAAGGGUUACCACAUGGCUUUUAUCCAAGUAGAGGCGCUUGAGAGCAGACCGCUUGGAGAGUGGGAGCGCAGUCGCGGGUUAUCCAUCGUCUGGUGCUAGAUCUACCGUCACUGUGCCACGUCUGGCAUCUUCCUUUAUAUAGACGAGAGAGAGGCAGCAAAAGCACUUCACUCAACGCGGAUCCAGAUUGUUCUCUCUUUCCUCUUUUGCCCCCUCUCUCCUUUUUCACCGCCCUGAUCAGGCUUAACCAUCCUGUGGUUUGUAAAGGCAAUUGUUAGUGCGCAUCAUCGCGGGAGCCAAAAGGAGGUUUGCAACUGUUCUAUAGGAGACUGCGGGCUGCUGGAGAGUCAUGACAGCUGAGAAGAGCGGGCCCGUUAUAAACGGUAAACCAGAGGAUGGCAGAGACUCGGAGGGGUCCAGUUCCAGCUUAGACAAUAAGAACUACAAUGAGAGGGGCCAAUGGAACAACAAGAUUGAGUUUGUCCUGUCUGUGGCUGGAGAGAUUAUUGGGCUGGGCAAUGUCUGGAGGUUUCCUUACCUCUGCUACAAGAAUGGAGGAGGUGCAUUCUUCGUUCCAUAUGUCAUCUUCUUUGUGUGCUGUGGUAUCCCUGUGUUUUUCCUGGAGACCGCCCUGGGUCAGUUCACCAGUGAAGGAGGCAUCACCUGCUGGAGGAAAGUCUGCCCGCUCUUUGAGGGUAUUGGCUAUGCAACGCAGGUGAUUGAAGCUCAUCUAAAUGUGUACUAUAUAGUGAUCCUAGCCUGGGCAAUCUUCUACCUCUUCAACUGCUUCACCACCGAGCUGCCGUGGGCUGGCUGUGGGCACUAUUGGAAUACAGAGAACUGCAUUGACUACUAUGGAGAAAACGCCACCAACAUCACAAACCCCAACGCAACCUCUCCAGUCAUUGAGUUCUGGGAACGCAGAGUACUGAAGAUAUCAGAUGGUAUUGAGCAUAUGGGGGGAAUGCGCUGGGAGCUGGCCAUGUGUCUGGCCCUGGCCUGGUUCAUCUGCUACUUCUGCAUCUGGAAGGGACCCAAGUCAACUGGCAAGGUUGUGUAUGUGACAGCUACCUUUCCUUACUUCAUGUUGUUGAUCCUGCUGAUCAGAGGAGUGACGCUGCCAGGAGCAUAUGAUGGCAUCAAGUUCUACCUCUACCCAGACAUUUCACGUCUCUCGGAUCCUCAGGUAUGGGUGGAUGCAGGAACCCAAAUCUUCUUCUCCUAUGCCAUCUGCUUGGGAUGUCUCACUGCUCUGGGAAGUUACAAUGCCUACAACAACAACUGCUACAGGGACUGCAUCAUGCUGUGUUGUCUGAACAGUGGAACCAGCUUUGUGGCAGGUUUUGCCAUCUUCUCUGUGCUGGGCUUCAUGGCCUACGAACAAAAUGUUCCCAUCGAAGCUGUGGCAGAAUCUGGUCCUGGUCUUGCAUUUAUUGCAUACCCAAAAGCUGUUACUAUGAUGCCUCUGUCGCCGCUUUGGGCUUGUCUUUUCUUUAUGAUGCUUAUCUUCCUUGGCCUGGACAGUCAGUUUGUGUGUGUGGAGAGUUUAGUGACAGCUGUGGUGGACAUGUAUCCAGAGACCUUCAGGAGAGGCUACCGCAGAGAGCUGCUGAUUCUUGGCAUGUCUAUAAUCUCCUUCUUCAUAGGCCUCAUCAUGUGUACAGAGGGAGGGAUGUAUGUCUUCCAGCUGUUUGAUGCGUACGCUGCCAGCGGGAUGUGUUUGCUGUUUGUGGCCAUAUUUGAAUCCAUAUGUAUCGGUUGGGUGUACGGUAGCGAUAGAUUCUACCUAAAUAUCGAGGACAUGAUUGGCUACAAACCUGUCUUCUUCAUCAAAUGGUGUUGGAUGAUCCUGACCCCAGGCAUCUGUGCUGGAAUUUUCCUGUUCUUCCUGAUUAAAUACAAACCGCUGAAGUAUAACAAUGUGUACACUUAUCCUGACUGGGGCUAUGGUAUUGGCUGGUUCAUGGCCAUGUCCUCAAUGGUUUGCAUUCCUCUGGGGAUUAUCUGGAUGAUCUGGAAGACUCCUGGCACCUUCUCUGAGAGAAUGAAGAAGUUGACGACUCCUAGCUCAGAUCUGAAAAUGAGAGGGAAACUUUCCACCCUCAGUCCUUAUGCUGCCAACGAUGCAAAACUUAAGGUUGAUGGGAAAAUAUCCACUAUCUCAGAGAAGGAGACGCAUUUCUAACUGAUCACCCAAUUGACCGACCAAGCUGUCUGCCGUCUUUACAAUGAGUCCUAAAACAAAAACAACAAACAACAACAACAACAGUAUCCGCCACUGCACAAAACAGGAAAUGAAACAAAUGACUUGGAGUGUUACUUUUGUUUUGUAUAAAAAAAAACAAAGGGGUGGGGCUGGGGUAUCACAUGAUUAGUCGACUUCUGUUCCGCACAAACUUUGUAUAACACAUUUGUUGUUUUCAGUUAACGUUGUGACUAAAGCAGCUGUUUCUUUCUUUUCUAACCAUUAAUGUUAAAACAAAAUCUGUUUGAUGACACAGUAUGUGGUUAAAACCUGCCCUGGUACCUUGUCAGUACUGGUCACACUAUUGUCUGUGCCUUUAGAACAAGACCAGUGUGUUGUGUUGUGAAAGGCUUAAACUGUACAUUUAUUGGCGAAGUGCCGUGCCUCUCUAUUAGGUACUAGGUACCCAAACGUGACUAUUUUAAGAUGUAGCAGCUUGGACCAUUCUACAUAGUUUGCUUGUUUAAUGAGGAUACUGCAGUCUGUCUAAGUACUGGCUAUAGGAGGGCACAGAAUUUCCCUGCAUGUAAAACUUUCAAUUAUAUAUAAAGAGUUGUGCCACUGAAAUCUUCUACCUGAACCAGCUGUGACUGGGAGAGCUGUGGAUCCUUGUUAGGCCUAAGUGAAUCUUAUUUACUUGAAUUCCAUGUUGUUUCGAAGCAAACCAUUCAUCUUAAAGGAUGUAAUUGAAUGAUGUUAUUAGGUUAUUGAUUAUCGCGUUAGGUUUUAAUGAACACAUUUUCAUGGCACUGCUCUUUCUAAAUAGAUGCCUCUGCUCAGGAGGCAUAUCGUCAUCUUGAAGGGCAAGUAAUAAGAUUUUCAUGGUUAAACUCUAAACCUCUUUACACGGCUGCAAAGAGCAGUGAGUGACUCACAGGUUGGGUCUAAAACACAUUUCUCUCCUCUAGCUGCCCUCCUAUAAAGUACUGGAUGUCUGUUAUUUCACAUUAAUUAUGCUGAGCCUAACACAGAGUGACAGACGUGCCUCCACCCCUGCUUUUUCUUCUCCGCUCUGCCUAUAAAGGAGAAGAUGUACAGCCAUAAGAUGAGCAUUUCAAAACCUCAUUCCACUUUUUUAUUUUGCCCCUUUGUCCCUGUCUCUCUUUGCUCCCACUGUCCUUCCUUCUUCUUUUCAUCCUCUGCAUCUCCACCUCUCACUCUUUGGCUUCUCUUCAUCUUUUGGAGGUCUUUAACAAGGCCUUGUACGCUGUAGAACUGCGGUGCCAAUGAAUAGUUUGUAUUUUGGAUCUAUGCAUCAGUAAUGGUCCUGCUGUUGAUUAGUGUUUCUGCGACAUUUCUUCUGACAUUGCAAAGCAUUAAACCUCUACAAAAAAGUGCAUCUUUUAAUUUUGCAUGGGUGAAAGCACAGUCUGUUCCUGUCAUUGAUUUAAUCCUAGUACAAUUCAAUGAGCUGGUCUCAUUGUUCAGAUCAAUCAAAGUCCAUUACAGCCUCAAAUGACUCUGAGUUGUCCUUCCUUCCCUUCCUUGCUUUGCCCGACUUUCUCACUUCCCAUCCUUUUCUUUCCUCUGUCUGUGUUUCCUGAUAAAUUUGCAAUCAGAGGAGAGGAGCUGAGGGGAUGAAACUCAGAACAUCUCUGUACCGUUUUUAAGGAGGCGGCAAAGAAAGCAGGGGAAGAAAUAAGGAACUGAUGAGCUGCGGAAGUGCAUGAUCGAGUAAGUAAUUAGGGAAAAUGAGGAAGUGUUUAGUGACUGAAGCCCCUCCUGCUUGAGCUGUGACAUCCUCUUAAACAUGUGAUUGGUCCCUCUGGUGUGGUUGCAUCAUGACAUUAUCACCUCCUCACUGAUGUUUGUGCAAAUUAAUAGCUGUGUGCAUUGGAAAAUAUAGCCUGCUAUUUAACACUGAUCCUGUUGAUGUAUAUUUUUACAUCUUUCUAGAAAUCUGUGGUCUAUUUCUUGAGAUGAAAAAUGUUUUAAAAAAUAUUGCUGUAAUAAAAAGAAUAUGUCCUUUGUUUUGACUUUUGAUAUGUCGCUCAAAAGAUCUUGUUAUAGAAAUAUAAUGAAAGGUGUUUUACUAUUCUGUACUGUUCUACACACAUUUUGGUAUUCACAGGACACACAAACUGUCUGCUUACUCAGUUUUAAGAAUAAAUAUUACAAAGGAAAACUG